AUGAAUCAGUACUUGAAUUUCGAUUUGCUUGUGAGGAAUAAUAAGGAAAAAAAAGCUUCUCACAUAUACACUAUUACUUGGACAUUUGCUGCAAAGCUUGUAAAACUAAUUGUUAUGGAUAAGGAAAUAUACGGUGCAGAUUCUUGGAGCGCGUGGACUAUUGUAACCAGUUGUUCAGUCACAUGUGAUGGUGGGAUCCAAGAACAAAAAAGACUCUGUGUAAACACAUUAACAUCAAAUCUUGGUAACACUUGCACAAUGGAAAAUGGUAGACGUGGCAAUGAAGAGAAAACAACAACGAUCUGUAACAUUUUUAAAUGCCCUCCAGAAGAAACAGGAUAUGCUGGCUCUUGGGGUGAAUGGCAAGAUAUCACGAACUGCAGCAAAACUUGUGGUGAUGGAACAAAAACGAAAGCUAGAAAAUGUGAAAAUGAUACGUCUAUAGAAACACGUGAAUUGUUAUGCAGACUUAUAAAUGGAUCUUAUAGCAAAAUGGAAUAUGAAGAUAAAACCUGCAAAUUGAGCACAUGUCCAGAAAGCAUACGAAAGACAUUGGUGUUCUCUGUUAUUUUUGGAAUCUUUAUUCUUAUUAUCAUUCUGGUUGUGAACUGUUUAAUAUGGAGGCAGCUUAUGAACGCCAGACAAGCUGAAGCUUUGAUAGAAGAAGGAGUCCAGGAACAAGGGAAAGAAAAAGAAGCAGGAGGAACUAAAAUAAAACACACUGAAGAAUCUUACCAAGAUAGUAUUGCCGAAGAAAUCGUAGAUGCCGAUAGAGAUAAAAGUGAGACGUUACAAAAGCUGCCAUAUCAGAAAGGAAUUAACACUAAAAAAUAACUCGAUGCAUUUUAUAAUAGAAUUGACAUGGGUUUGAAUUUUGUCAAAAAAUGCUGAAACAAUUUUUUUA